AUGAAUGACAACACAGACUUUUCGACGAAAUCAGCAGCAAGAAAAGUAACAGAUUCAAGCAACAACAGCACUGGUUCAAAUGUCCCUGAUUUCAUACAAAAAUUGUUUCGUAUGCUGGAAAAUGAAGCAUUUAAGGACGCUUUCUGUUGGAAUACUGCAGGAACCCGGUUUUUAGUGAAAGAUACGAAUGAGUUUUCAAAGACAAUAUUACCGAAACACUUCAAGCAUUGUAAUUUUGCUAGUUUUGUUCGUCAAUUGAAUAAGUAUGAUUUCCAUAAGAUCAGAAACAAAUCAGACGAUAAUCAGAAAGCAUAUAGUGACCAGGUGUGGGAGUUCGAGCAUAUCUACUUUAAAAGAGAUAGGAAGGAUUUGUUAGAGAAAAUCAAAAGAAAAUCCCCAGGAAAGAAAGGGAAGAUAGAGGAUAGCAAUGCUGCAAUAGCAACGGAAAAGAACGACUUCUUACGAUCGCUCGAUACAGCAACAGAUUGCGCAACACCUGUCACUGACACAGCAAUUGCUUCAACCACUACAGCAAAUGACUCUGUUGUCAAUCCGAUACUUUUUGAAGAGUUAAAGAAUUUCACUAAAGAUUUGCAAAAGCAAAUAAAUCAAUUAAAAGAAUCCAAUUCAGAAUUAGAAGCGACAGUUGAGAAUAUGAGUCAAAAAGAAAAGCUGAUAAAGAAAGAAUUAGAGCAGUUUCAGUAUAAUCUAAAAGCGAAAGACGAAUUGAUAAAGGAAUGCAUCAAAGUGAUACAACAGCAGCAACAGCAGCAGCCACAAGUGCAAGCAUCAGGAACUGAAAGCAAUAUGGAAAUCAAGGCAGAGAGACUGUCAAAUAGCACUUACUAUAAUCCAUUAGAUACCGGCACUACUACGACCAAUGCUAAUACUAAUUCUACUCCCACAGCCGAUAUCUUUAUACCACCAACAACUGCACCAGCAACAAAUUCAAUCAUGACACCAGCAGCAAUUGCAGCACCAAGGAUACCAAUAAGUAGAGAUACGCUUUUAGGACCCCCACUCGAUCGAUACAGCCAUAAUCAUAGCAGUAGUAGUAUAAGUUUUAAUAAUGGUCAUGUGCCUACAUCUAUCAUCCAACAACCAGGGCAAGCGAGCAGUGGCAGUAGUACAAUUGUGACUCCCUCGAAUCAGCAACAACAACAACAAAAUAACAAUAAGACCAAGGUUGCUAUAUGGAAGAAGUCACCUAGAGUAUUAUUAGUGGAUGACGAUUCCAUUUACAGAGACGUAAGCGGACGUAUGUUGAACAAAUUUGGUUGCUCUAUCGAAUUAGCACGAGAUGGUUUAGAAGCAUUACAAAAAAUCAGUGUAGAAAAGUAUGAUUUGAUAUUGAUGGAUAUCGUUAUGCCGAAAAUGGAUGGUAUUGCUACAACGAGAAAUAUUAGACGCUAUGAUUCCUUAACCCCAAUUGUAUCAAUGACGUCUAAUUUCACACAUAACGAUAUUAUGGAGUAUAUUGGGAUUGGAAUGAAUGAUAUUUUGCCAAAACCAUUUUCAAAAAAUACACUUUAUGAUAUACUGGAAAAGCAUUGCGCCCAUUUAAAACUGGAGCAACAACAGUCCGAUAUAACAUACGAUAUGAAUACCCAAAAUAAUGACUCUACAGCAACACCCUCGACUUCAAAUUCUACACCUACUAAUAACUCUCCAAUUACCAACAACACUAUUGGGGGUCACCAUCCUCAUCCGCAGUCUACCGAGUAUUGGCAGUCAAUAAAUAAUAGCACUAACAGCAAUGGUGUAAAUGAUAGGAAGAUGAUUUGGUCUACAUCGUCGUCUUCUGCUUCUAAUAAUCCUGCAAACACUACAAGUACUGCCACUAUUACCACGCCACCUGCGCCUAUGGUACCUAUUGUACCAACCACUCCAAUGGUCCACCAUCAUUUACUAUCACCAUCCCAUUCACAGCCAUCUUCCCAACAACAUGCCCCAUCUCCGCAUAAAAGGCAAAAACUUACUGAUUUAUAUGAUACUUCAUAUUAG